AUGGUUCCUAUUAAUAAGAUGACUAAUAUACAACCUAUCGCCAAUAGAGACACUGACGGACUAGAAACAAACGUAACUGCAGAAAUAGCAAAUGAACCAGUCACACACGUAACCUCAGGACUCACAAAUGGGACGAAAUACAACUUCACCCUCUUCACUGUGUCUGAAAACGUCAGAAGCAGUGGAGUGAGCAUCUCUGCAUUCACUGCUCCUCCUAAUGCAGAGGACUUUAAAUCAGUGGGACAAAAUGAGACCAGUGUCACCCUGCAGUGGAAAAAAGUGGAAAACAUCCUCACGUAUGUUCUUGUGUCCAGUGACGGACUAGAAACAAACGUCACUGCAGAAAUAGCAAAUGAACCAGUUACACACGUAACCUCAGGACUCACAAAUGGGACAAGAUACAACUUCACUCUCUUCACCGUGUCUGAAAACGUCAGAAGCAGUGGAGUGAGCAUCUCUUCAUUCACUGCUCCUCGUAAUGCAGAGGACUUUAAAGCAGUGGGACAAAAUGAGACCAGUGUCACCCUGCACUGGAAAAAAGUGGAAAACAUCCUCACAUAUGUACUUGUGUCCAGUGACGGACUGGACACAAACGUCACUGCAGUAAUGGGAAAUGAACCACUUAGACAUGUAACCUCAGGACUCACAAAUGGGACAAGAUACAACUUCACUCUCUUCACCGUGUCUGCAAACGUCAGAAGCAGUGGAGUGAGCAUCUCUGCAUUCACUGGACUCACAAAUGGGACAAAAUACAAUUUCACUCUAUUCACCGUGUCUGAAAACGUCAGAAGCAGUGGAGUGAGCAUCUCUGCAUUCACUGCUCCUCCUAAUGCAGAGGACUUUAAAUCAGUGGGACAAAAUGAGACCAGUAUCACCCUGCAGUGGAAAAAAGUGGAAAACAUCCUCACGUAUGUUCUUGUGUCCAGUGACGGACUAGAAACAAACGUCACUGCAGAAAUAGCAAAUGAACCAGUUACACACGUAACCUCAGGACUCACAAAUGGGACAAAAUACAACUUCACCCUCUUCACUGUGUCUGAAAAAGUCAGAAGCAGUGGAGUGAGCAUCUCUGCAUUCACUGCUCCUCCUAAUGCAGAGGAGUUUAAAUCAGUGGAACAAAAUGAGACCAGUGUCACCCUGCAGUGGAAAAAAGUGGAAAACAUCCUCACAUAUGUUCUUGUGUCCAGUGACGGACUAGACACAAACGUCACUGCAGAAAUAGGAAAUGAACCAGUUACACACGUAACCUCAGGACUCACAAAUGGGACAAAAUACAACUUCACUCUCUUCACCGUGUCUGCAAAAGUCAGAAGCAGUGGAGUGAGCAUCUCUGCA